AUGGCCGACGUCAAGACGGCUGCUGGCAGCAGCAAUGGGAAACCGGCCAUCCGACGAGGGCGCCGCGAAAAGCCAUGGCCGGUCGAAAAGCAAAAGAAAUUGUUGCGCCUCUAUGUCUGUACACAAAGCGAAAAAUUACCGCUCGUUCGCAUCCUUGAGCGCCUGAAAGAUGGCACGUUUGAUCCCAGGCAGCGCAACACUCACAAGCACCUCAAAAACUUGCUACCAGAUCGUCGAAUCGAUGAUUGGAGGCCCAGAGACAUGACCACCAUGCUCGUCAGAGUUCGUUUCCUGAGGUCGGUUCGGGAGGAGCGGCGGAUGAGGAAUAGGAGGGCCCGCCAACGGCUAGAAGCAGCGCGAUCACGCAGCUAUCCCGAUCCCAUGAGUGCCUCAGUGUUCUCUGACGCGCAGACCGGGUUUUACGCCGAGGGCUCGGAUACCAGCGUCACCAUCAAACAGUCCGACUCGCCCGACUCAUCGCCGCUGGCGAUUGCCAGCGCCAGCUCAGCCGACUCCCCAGACACCUCCGAUACCUACAUGCGAGACAAGUCGCCGUCACGCGCAUCGUCACUCACACCAUCGGCCAAACGAAGAUCAUGGGCCUCGGUUCUUUCCAGCAUCUCGUCAGGCAUAUCGAGUCUGGCCCGCUCGUCCUCUUCAGCGUCGUCGAGGCGCAUCAACCUGAACAACACGGGGGCCAACACAGCGCUGAGCAAGAUGACACGGGAGGAGUUUCUGGCCUCACUUCAAGACAAGCCCCGCAAGCCGUUCAAGGGAACCAAGGCCACCAACGGUCUCUUCAAGCCGAAAUACUCGACAGUAAACCCAACCACGGAAGAACUCAACAAGGCCCUGCUUGAGAUGUGCUGUUCUAAUUAUUACGAUGGCGAGGACAGGACAGGCGCCGUGUGCGUUCACGAGCGGUUAUCAAGGGCCAUUGAAGCACAAGCAACCGAGAACUCGGCGUUUACCAACUUCUCGGUAACAGAUGAAGAGGCUAACAUGGUGGACAAGUAUGGCAACUCGCUACUUCAUGUGGCUGCGCGGUGGGGUGCGCGUGUUUCGCUAUUGCUACUGAUCAUUAGGCAUACGGACGAUCUUCAGAUGGUCAACCAACGGGGAGAAACAUUUCUUCAUGUCUACGCUCCACCAAGCCAACCCAGACUUAGACCGGUGUCUUUCCUGAAUCUCAUACGUGUCUUGCGGUCCAGGGGAUUUGACUUUUGUCUUCGAGACGGCGAGAAGCACACAUUCCUGCACCACAUUGUCGCCAAGGAGGAGUUUCCGAUCGAAACAUUGUACUACGUAUUUCGCGAAGUUGGACACGGUGCUGCUCGGUUUUUGGUUGCCAGCAAGGCGGCAGAUGGAGAGAGGCUAUGGCACAGCGUGAGGCGGAAUCUGGAGAGGACGGCCCCUAAAUUAGCCAGAAUAUUUGGCGACGAAGUCGAGUUCAUUCGUCGUUACCUCCCCGAAUUCUCCGACUCAAAGGCCCCAUCGACGGGCGACAACUCGACUUGCGGAUCCGACAGUCUCUACUCGCUACCCCACCACCACCAAGAAGUCAUGACUAUGAAUGACCCCAACGAUAGUUCAGCCCAGCACGUCCGUAGAUCACCGAUUAUGAAGCUUUUGCGCCGGGCCGCUGCGGGAAGAACGGGUUUUGCCGACACCGACUUGAACAAGAAACUAGAGUCCAUAUUCGAGACGGCCUCGAAGGCGCCAGACUUUGAACUUCACGCCUUCCUUGCGAAACGGGAUACAGAGGGCAACACAGCACUCCACUACGCAUCCGAGUUCGGCAUUGUGACCGCCGUCCAGUUCCUUUGUGGAAAAGGUGCCAAUGUUAACGUGUUCAACAACUGCGGCAACACUCCUCUCCAGCUGGUCAAAUACGCCAUCCAGAGAACCGAUGUCCGAUCCGACAUCCACAUGGAAGCUCGCUAUCUCCGUUGCGCCGUGUUGUUGCUGGAGCAAGGGGCCUUUGAUCAGAGCAAACUCGUCAGCGAGAGGAGCAUCAUCUUCCCCUAUGCCAAUGUUUUUGAUGGGAGCGAGAGGUCAAUCCAGAACCUUGUCAAACAGGGCGUUGCAAAUCAGUGCAAGGGUUUGCAUUUAUUAACGAGCAGCACCAAGCAUCACGGGCUGUACUACGGCUUGGAGGGACACGACCACGGACAUUGUCAUGGCCAUGGAGGAGGCGGGACAUCGUUUGGCUGGGCAGAUCACGGCCGGCUGUUGGAUGGCUUGAUGGGAAGAAGAUCUGGCUCAGGAAGGGGCAGAAAACGGGCUCCAAGUCCUUUGGGUGCAGGAGGUGGCCCGAUAGGAGGAAAGGCAGGCCCAGAGGGCAUGAACUUGACUUUCCAGACGUCAGUUCUGAGCAGUUGUUGA